AUGGGGGAUCUGGUGUUUGUGGGGCCGAACCCCCCGUACCUGGGACACGAGGCUCAUGGGGCUGUUUCUGAGAUUGCAGCAGCAGAAGUGGAUAUUAACGAGUGUCUGGGGCCGAGCCCGCCAGACUGUGGACGCAACGCACACUGCACCAACGUGGCUGGGAAUUACUACUGCACCUGCAUCGAUGGCUACGAGCCCAGCUCUGGGAAAGACAAGUUCACGAACGCGAGUGAGAACACCUGCCAGGACAUUGACGAGUGCCAGCGAAACGCCACAAUCUGUGAGCCCCACGGGAACUGCAUCAACAUGCCAGGGAGUUACAUGUGUAAAUGCAGUUGGGGAUUUGGGAAGAGUCAAAAGAAUACAUCUCAGAUCUGCACAGACAUCAACGAGUGCAACAAGAACCCAGAUAUCUGCAGCCCCAAGGCCACGUGUGUCAGGAGACAGGAGCAUGAGGGACAGGCAAAGCGGAGUGAAGCAACUCUCGGUUUCAGUGCCCUCCUGAAGAGCACCUCCCUCUGGGAUGGCGGAGACAAGGGGGACGUGGGGUUGGCCCUGACAGUGCUGCUGCAGAGCGUGGAACUGGCCGCGCUGGCCACUGCGCUCCAGUCUCCAGAGAUAACCACACAGAACAUGACGACAGAGUCUAUGGCUAUCCAGACACGGCUCGUCACAGGGAACUGCAGCCGGGACAGUGAGGUCUUCACGCUGAGAGCUCACGAGCAGACGAUGGUCGUGCACUGUGAUACAGUCACCGGGGCAGCCACACAAGGUUUGGGGGCUGCUGCUUUUAUUUCCUACUCCACCCUGGACUCCAUCAUCAGUGCGAGACGUCUCAGCGAGGGAAAUCUACCGGCUGGUGGGAAGCUGGAGAAGAGUCAUCUCAACUCCAGGGUGGUGAGUGGGGCCCUCGGAGACGGGAGACCCAUUCACCUCUCCAAACCCACAAACUUCACCCUGCGCCACAGACAGGCCAAAAAAGAGGAGGACGAGGCUCUCUGCGUCUACUGGAAAGUAGAGGCCGAAAGCAGCAGUUGGUCUCCAGAUGGCUGCACCGCAGUGCACACGAACAGCACUCACACCACCUGCAGCUGUGACCAUCUCUCCAGCUUCGCCAUCCUAAUGGCUCCCACCACAGUGACGGAGAAUUACCCACUGACCAUCAUCACCUAUGUGGGACUGACCCUCUCCCUGCUGUGCCUCUUCCUCGCCAUCCUCACCUUCCUCCUGUGCCGCUCCAUCCGCAACGUCAGCACCUCCCUCCACCUGCAGCUCUGCCUCUGCCUCUUCCUGGCCAACCUGCUCUUCCUCACCCCAGUGACUCCCACCGGCAGUCAGGUGGCGUGUGCUGUCAUUGCUGGCCUCCUACACUACCUCUUCCUGGCCUGCUUCAGCUGGAUGUUCCUGGAGGGGCUGCACCUCUUCCUCACCGUCAGGAACCUGAAGGUCGUGAAUUACACCAGCGCCAGCCGGUUCAAGAAGAGAUUCAUGUACCCGUUUGGCUACGGAUUCCCAGCCCUGGUGGUGGCUAUUUCUGCAGCGGUGAAUCCUGACGGCUACGGAACGUCCAAACACUGCUGGCUCAGCCUGGAGAGAGGCUUUCGUUGGAGCUUCCUGGGUCCAGUCUGUGCCAUAAUCCUGAUAAAUAUAACGUUCUUUGCCCUGACCCUGUGGAUCCUGAGAAACAGACUCUCCUCCCUCAAUGCAGAUGUGUCCACCCUCAGAGACCACAGGUUACUGACCUUUAAAGCCAUCGCCCAGCUCUUCAUUCUGGGCUGCACAUGGAGCCUUGGUCUCCUCCAAGUCGGCCCAGCAGCCACGGUCAUGGCGUAUUUAUUCACCAUCGUCAACAGCCUGCAGGGAGCCUUCAUCUUCCUGGUGCACUGUCUCCUCAAUCGCCAGGUGAGAGAGGAGUACAGGAGAUGGAUCAAGGGAUUCCGAAUGUCCAGCACAAAAUCUCAGACAUCCGAUCUAUCCAUGUCUGCUGUCCCCACCACCAGCACCAAGACGGUAAGAGGUUCUCUGCUCUGUUCCAAUACCAGCCUGUGA